AUGUAAGGCAUGAUGGCCAAGGCAAGGAUCAAUGCUAAAAUGGCUAAGCAAGAUAAGCUGAAGAAAAUUAAAAACCAAUGCAAAAAAUUGGCCGAAAAAGAGAAAUGCGCCAAGCUGUCCAAGAAAAGCAAAGGAGGCAAGUCCAAGAAGGGAAAGAAAGCAAACUCCAAGCAAAACAAGCUUAAGAAACAGUGCAAGGCAUUGGCCGACAAGGCGAAGUGUGCUAAACUGGCCAAGAAAAGUAAAGGAGGCAAGUCCAAAAAGGGAAAGAAGGGAAGCUCCAAACAGAACAAGCUUAAGAAACAAUGCAAGGCAUUGGCCGACAAGGCGAAGUGUGCUAAACUGGCCAAGAAAAGUAAAGGAGGCAAGUCCAAGAAGGGAAAGAAGGGAAGCUCCAAACAGAACAAGCUUAAGAAACAAUGCAAGGCAUUGGCUGACAAGGCGAAGUGUGCUAAACUGGCCAAGAAAAGUAAAGGAGGCAAGUCCAAGAAGGGAAAGAAGGGAAGCUCCAAGAAAGGAAAGAAAGCAAACUCCAAGGAAGGAAAGAAAGCAAACUCCAAACAAAACAAGCUUAAGAAACAAUGCAAGGCAUUGGCUGAUAAAGAGAAGGAAAAUAAACUGAAACUGCAGUGUAAGAAAUUGGCAGAAAAGUCUAAAAUGGACAAACUUAAGAAACAAUGCUUAGCAAUGGCCAAAAAAGAAAAAAAAAUCAACAACAACAGUGUAAGAAAUGUGGAAAAGUCAAAAUGGAUAAACAAA